GGGGGGGAAAGGUUAUGUGUUACUUUUGACUCAUUGGAGAAGCCACGCAUUAAUUACUCUAUAGCUUACGACAUUGUUAUAAACAUUCUAAGGAAAAGUUCCUUUCCCUUUUGUAUAAUCGACUCAAAAGUAGAGUGCCAUUUUUAUUUGUCUUUACUAAUGACUUCUCUCUACUUGCCAAGUCACACUGUAUCUUGGGAAAAAAAAAUUGGUUUGCGGGAUAAGAGAUAAAAGCGUUUAGUCAUGAAAAAUGAGAAGAAGUAAAGUAUAUAAAAAUAUCCAUUUAUACUCUCUCUUUCCCCAAAUUAUUAAUCCAUAUGUCAUCUUUACCCUAUCCUAUUACUUUACCUACUUUGGCUGAUGCUCAAGUGACUCGUGUAGGCGUCAAGUCACCUGAGGAUGUCGUCGUCGUCUCAGCUCUUCGUACUGCCCUUACCAAGGGGCGCAAGGGUGGAUUCAAAGAUUGUUUUGCUGAUGAGCUUUUGUUACAUGUGUUGAAGGCAACUAUUGAAAGAACCGGCAUCGAUCCUGCUCUGGUUCAGGAUAUUACUGUAGGCAAUGUAUCUGGCAAAGGUGGUCUCGCUACACCUUCUCGUAUGGCAGCUUUGGCCGCUGGUUUUCCCGAAACAACCUCUGUCAGUACCUUGAAUCGCCAAUGCUCUUCGGGUCUCCAAGCUUGUGUUCAGAUCGCCACUGCCAUUCAAGCUGGCUUGAUUGAUAUUGGUAUUGGUGCUGGUGUCGAGUCAAUGACAAAGGAUUAUUUUGGUCGUCAAAUUCCUACAUCAGAUAAAUUGGCACAAAUUCCUAAUGUUGCUGACUGUAGAUUACCAAUGGGUAUUACAUCUGAAAAUGUCGCCGCUGACUAUGGAAUCACUCGCGAAGAGCAAGAUCUUUUCUCGGUUGAAUCUCACAGAAAGGCUGCUGCUGCACAAAAGGCAGGUUUAUUCAAUGAAGAAAUCAUUCCUUGCAAAGUGACUAUUUUGGACAAAGAUGGAAAAGAGCAGACCAUUGUCGUAGACAAGGACGAAGGAAUUCGUGCCUCGAGUACUCCUGAAGGUCUUGCCAAGUUAAAGCCUGCUUUUAUUCCCAAUGGAAGCACUACAGCCGGUAACGCUUCUCAGAUCUCAGAUGGUGCGGCUGCUGUGCUGCUGAUGAAGCGUAAGACAGCUCAAAAAUUAAAUUUACCAAUUCUAGGUAAAUAUGUUACUUCUGCUGCUGUGGGCGUGCCACCUCGCGUUAUGGGUGUCGGUCCAGCUUAUGCUAUUCCCGUAGCAGUUGAGCGUGCAGGAUUAAAGAUUUCUGAUGUUGAUGUUUAUGAAAUUAAUGAAGCAUUUGCCUCACAGGCAUUAUAUACCGUCAAAAUACUCAAUAUUCCCAUGGAAAAGGUCAAUCCUAAAGGUGGCGCAAUUGCUAUUGGGCAUCCUUUGGGCUGUACAGGUGCUCGUCAAGUGGCUACACUCUUGCCAGAAUUGAAACGUCAAAAUAAGAAGAUUGGUGUUACGAGUAUGUGUAUUGGUUCUGGUAUGGGUAUGGCAGCCGUCUGGGAAAGAGAAUAAGCAAAGUAUAAAAAAGAUAUACUCAUUGUAAAACAUAAAUAUUCUACACACGUAAAAAAAAAUAAACAAUACUUAUACUUAUACUUACUUAU